UCCUGAUAUUACGGUAAAUGUGGAGAGGUUUUGUUCGUGCGCUAGUAGUACUCUGAGAAACAGAAAAUACAUGUAAAUUCGAGCAGCAAAAAAAAAAAGAAAAAAAAUCGAAGGGCAUUUCGCAAACCCCAGGAGGAAAAAGUAAAAGUUUUCAGAGGAUAAUAACUAUGUUCUGCGCUGGUGGCCCUUUGAAAGGAUAAAGGCCUGCUGGACAAAGCCAAGUGUUUGAAUUUGGGCAUCAGAUGAAAAAGUGAACUGCAGGAUACAGAAGUAUUUUGAACAUGGCUUCCAAACCCCACACCCAACCCAUGAAGAAGCAUAGCCAGACUGACCUGGUGAGCCGACUCAAGACGCGGAAGAUGCUGGGUGUUGGUGGUGAGGAUGAUGAUGGAGAGGUACACCGCUCAAAGAUCAGUCAGGUGCUGGGCAAUGAAACCAAAUUUGCUGGACGUGAACCUAUAGGUCUCAGGCUUUGGAUUCUCAUCUCAGCGGUCAUGCUCACACUUAUGGCUUUGAUGGCUGUAGUGUUUCCUAACCACCUCUAUGAAAUGAUGUUCAGCGAAGAACUCUCCACCACCCAGGUUUCUCUCAGACUCUAUGGAGGAGCCCUUCUCAGUAUAUCUUUAAUCGUGUGGAAUGGUUUGCAUACUGCUGAGAAAGUUGUUAUUCAGUGGACCCUGCUCAUGGAGGCUUGCUACUUUGGAGUCCAGUUUUUAGUUGCCUCAGUCACCGUAGCAGAAGUGGGCCCAGUGACCAGCAGCAGCAUUCUCCUGCUGGUCAGUCAUGUGCUGUUCCUCAUCAUCAGUCUCUCCUACUACUUUCACCUGGGUCGUCGGAACAAGAAGCCCUAAUCAGUUCCAUGUGAAUCUUGGACGGAUUUUUGUGUGCUUUUUUUGUAUUGGUUUGGGUAUGAAUGUGACUUUGUAUUUAAGGUCAGAUAGAUUUGGAGAGGGUAACUUAAAUGGGCUUUUGGAGAAUUCUGUUGGUGUCCUUGAGCACCAUACCUCAGUUGCUCUUGUAAAUAUCUAGUCCUGUAAAUAGUGCUGUGCAAGGUGUGUUGUCACUGGAAGUUUUAUGUCCCUCAAAGUCCCCCUCUUGGCAUAUAAUUAAUGCAAGGUAUCACAGUAGUGAGUAUGACUAUCUUGCCAAGCUUCACCACAUCUGGCCCCAUGUGUGUGUGUAUACCCAUGCACAUAUACAUACACACAGGGGCAUACAGUAUACAUAAUUUUGUGUCUAUAUACACACACAGGCAGAGAUAUCUACAUAUGACAAAAGUAAGCUUCUUCUUGGUUGUAAAGUUACUGGUAUUCCCUUUGAGACUGGUACUGACCAAAUUCCAGUUUGUAGUGCAGACACUUAGUAACCAUACCCGUUUCCCAUGUUCCAUGGUUAUUGAAUUAGCUGUAUUUUGCAGGGAGCAGAUUUUGUUGACUUGACUGUGAGGGGCAUGGUCAUUUUUAUAUUUAUUCGUUUAGCUGAUGCUUUUUUCCAAAGCGACUUACAAUGUUAA